CUUUAAUAUAGAAUCAAGAUUCUCUAGUUUUAACAAUCAGGUCCUAUAAAUAGAGCACCAAUUCACCAACCGUUGUACUCAUUCAUCAUUUCAUCUCUCUCUAGAAUACUCUCUGCCAACUAUGUCGAAGAAGAUCAUCCUCAUAAGCUCCGACGGCGAAUCUUUCGAGGUCGAUGAAACCGUAGCGCUCAAGUGUGGGACGAUCAAAAACAUGAUCGAAGACGACUGCACUGAAAACGGAGUCCCUCUUUCCAACGUCAACAGUGCAACCCUCGCCUUGGUUAUCGAGUACUGCAAGAAGCACGUCGAAGCAGCCGCCAAAGCCAAAGCCGGAGACCAGGAUAUCUACGGUGCAAACAAAGACACCGAGCUCCAGACUUGGGACCAAGAUUUCGUCAAAGUUGACCAGCCUGCCCUCUUUGAUCUCAUCCUUGCUUCAAACUAUCUGAACAUCCCUGGACUUCUUGACCUAACGUGCAAGACUGUGGCCGAUAUGAUGAGAGGCAAGACUGUGGAUGAGAUCCGCACGCACUUUCACAUCAAGAAAGACUUCACAGCUGAGGAAGAAGCUGAGAUUCGCGAGGAGCAUGCAUGGGCCUUUGAGUGACUUGAAGUUGUGUUGUUUUCUUUUUCUUUUUUAUUUGGUUUGAAUAAUUGAGACUGUAACAAACCUUAUUUCUCUUUUAUUAUAUGAAUAAUAAUAAUAAAAAACAUAUUAUAUAUCA